CAUGGGUGCUUUCCUCCCGUGGUACACCCUUGCUGCUGUCGUUCUUGGGGUAACUCAUAGAGGUUUGUGUGUGGAUAUCAUUGGAGGAAAUGAAGUAAAACCACACACAAGACCAUUUAUUGUCCUAAUCAAGGGAAGAGGAAGAACUUUUUGUGGAGGAGUUUUAAUCAAGGAGAACUGGGUGUUAACAGCUGCACACUGUAAAGUGGAAAAAGCCAAAGUUAUUCUUGGAGCCCAUUCAUUGAAAAAACGUGAAAAAGAGCAGCAGACUCUUCAGAUUGCAAAAUACACUCCUUAUCCAUGCUAUGACCCCAAUACGAAAGAAGGCGACAUUAUGCUGCUGCAGCUUCAGAACAGAGCAAAGCUUAAUAAAGCUGUGCGAACAAUCUCCCUGCCUCCCUCAGAUGAUGAUCCCAAGCCAGGAACAACUUGCACAGUAGCAGGAUGGGGUAGAACUGCCAAUGAUCCACGCAAGCUCCCUGCUGCCCUGAUGGAAGUCAAUAUCACUGUCAUCAAGAGGGAAAUCUGCAACGAUAAACGUCAUUAUAAUGGCAAACCUAUCAUUACAGAGAGCAUGAUAUGUGCAGGGGCUAAGAAUGGAGGAAAGGACUCAUGUAAUGGGGACUCUGGUGGACCUUUAAUAUGUAAUGGCAAGUUGAGAGGCAUCACUUCGUUUGGGAAGAAAGAGAGAUGUGGCAAGGCUGAUAGCCCUGGUGUCUACACUCGACUCACAAAGAGAUACCUUGACUGGAUAAGGAAAACCAUAGGGGGGGCCUAAUAGAUUAGGUUUGGGCCACAUGGUUUGUGUAAGUGAAAUUGUGUGCUUAAAAACAGCUUCAUUAGACUGGUAAAAGUAUUUGCACAGUUCAGUAUUGUCACACUGAGUUUUGGCAGCUUGAUGUAGUUCUGCUGCGGCAGCAUUUAUAGCUUAUACUGUGAGCCGUGGAGUCAUGGGGGUAUUGGGGACUGAGGGUUCCAACGUCCCUGCAGCGCUUGUUUACACUGAGCUCUACAUGGAUUGGCAUUUCAGAUCAAAAAUAUAAUCCUCGCUUGUGUCCUCACUGCAUGUUGAGCAUAUACAGCACUCUCUGCACCUGGACUUCUGCAAAAACCCUGAAAGUUAGUGGCAUGCUAGG